GGAAUAGCCACUGGUUGGCACUAUGCUCAUGUAGAGUGGGUAGUAUUACUGUAUUAGGGGCGGUUCCUUCCUUUUAUUUUUGCAUGUGAUCAAACCCAUCCUCAGCCUUGACGGGCAGAGUUGAGGUAAACGGUCCUUCAAUGGGCUUCAGUCAACCCACUAUCAUCCUCUCCCUCUUAGUAUUAUCAUCACGCUACUCUUUUCAUACUACCAUCAUUUUAAACCCCUUGAUCCUCGGAUCUCCUUUACCGGUAGUGCAUCACGGCAUGUGUUAAUUAUUGCGGUCGCAUUUAUCCUUGUCGUAAUCAAGUACGCCUUUCCGAAAUGAUUGACCACGUCCUGGGUCGUCCAUCGACCCAGUUCCGGAAAAUCCAGGUGUUCACGGUCGUGCUGUUCUGGUCUUUAUACCUCUUCAAAGGCAACAACCAUGGCCCACCCGGCCUCCGCGCUCUUUCCAGCAAAUUAUCCAAACGGCUGACCGCCUGGCAAACAAUGGUCAUCACGCUUCUCUGGCUGUACAUCUCACGUAACUUCGCCAAAAUCAUGGGAUUCGAGAGCCCCGAGCCACUGGCAAACCUGUACUCGCGUUCCUACUUCCGUGCCACAUGGAUCACCACGGCGCUCGACGCGGGCUUCUGGACGGCCAUGAAAAUCAAGCCAAACUGGCUCAAGGACAUCGCCUCGAUAGUAUUCACGCUAUACUACCUGAUCGCCGCGGAACAAGCGGAUGAUAAAGUGCGGCGUGUGCGGGCGACGCUGACAGUCGAGCAUCUGCGCGUUUCCUGGAAUAAGCCCACCACGCCGUACCUGGCGCUGUUGAGUAGCACGAUACGACCACGGUUCAUGAGGAACCCACCACGGGAGAUACGGAUUCCGCGGCCAAGGGGCUCGUCGUAUCGAGAGCCGGUUAAUGCAUGGCUAUAUUUUGAUGGGUCAUUAGCAGAGCUUAGAGCGCAGAGACAGCUGGUGCUGGAUGUUCCUGGAGGCGGGUUUGUGGCUAUGAACCCGCGAACCGCGGAUGAUAGGCUGUUGGCGUGGGCAGGGAAGACAGGGGUACCAGUGCUGAGUGUGGAUUAUAAAAAGGCGCCGGAAUACCCAUAUCCAUAUGCUCUCAACGAAUGCUUUGAUGUAUACCAGUCGAUCGUCAUUAGCCGUGGCCGAUGUGCGGGUCUGAAUGGGAAGAGUCGUCCGCAUAUCAUCGUUUCGGGGGAAAGUGCUGGUGGAAACCUGGCCACGGGGAUGACUAUUAUGAUUCUCCAGUCUGGAAGGACUGAGACUCGCAGAUGGCAAGGCGAGACCCCACUUCCACCUCCAGAUGGGCUUGUGUUGGUGUAUCCGUCGCUGGACAUGAAUAUCGGUAGUUGGAUGACCGAGGAACAGAUGUCGUUGAUUCAGGAUAGAGGCAUGCGCAAGACCAACGAAAAUGUGUUGCGUCGGAAAAGCGAGGAUUAUAGCCGCCUGACACCGUCCUCGUCUCACUCUGACAAGACCUCUUUUCCAGGCUUGGACCUCGAACCAAGAAAACCAGAAGCUGCACCUCCAACAAAAGACGAGCCCCUCCCACCCCAACUCGCUGACAUACAACCGUACCAAAUCAAAACCCGAAUCGCCGUAUCCUCAAUGAUCUCGUACUUUGGUGACCGCAUCCUAACCCCCGAAAUGAUGCGCGCCAUGAUAAUCCUAUACGUUGGUCCACACAACCGCCCCGACUUCAAAACCGACUUCCUCCUCUCCCCCAUCCUCGCACCCGAUGCCAUCCUAGCCUCAUUCCCCAAAACAUAUUUUCUAACUGGCGAACGCGACCCUCUCGUCGACGACACUGUGAUCUUCGCCGGCCGAAUCCGCCAAGCCAAACUACUGCGCUUCCGCGAACGACAAGAGCUCGGACUUGAAAAGUCGCAGGUAUUCUUCAACGAAAAGGAACAUGUCGAAGUGAACCUUGUACCGGCGAUUUCGCACGGUUUUCUGAAUUUCCCAGGCCUGUUUCCGGAGGGAUGGAGACAUAUUAAUAAGUGCGCGAAAUGGAUCCGUGAGUUGUUGGACCAGGCUACGGAAAGAGAGCUCAAAGCAGCCUCCACCACUAUCGGUGAUGGGAUGAUGGGCUCGUUGGGGCAGGAUUUAUAUCUCUCUGGAUUACACGAGGCCGAGAACCCCUCAUACGAGCGCCGCCGAAGUUCAACCGCGGAAUCAUCCGUUGAUGAAGACAGGCCGUUGGAAAUGAGCGUGGGAAAACUCUCGCCUCUCAAAGCGCAGAAACCUUCCUCCUCAUCAUACAUCUCAAAACAAGCAGCGUCCCGAUCAAUUGACGGGCCUCAUCCAGCCGGUAUAAAUACCGAUCAACCCAACCUCCCACCUCAAUCAUCCUUCUCAUCCACCCAGAAACCAGGCCUUCGUCGCUCUUCCCUCAGUGACUCCGCAAAACCAUUCUCCUUCCCGCUCACACUGCCCAAACUGAAAACCAACAACACGGCGGCGGCGCGGGCUACGGAUGCUAGUAACCGGGGGAUCGAGAGCACGACGAGCAUGACAGAGAACGGAUCGACGAUUACAAGGCUGCCGAGUGAGGAGGACUUGAUCGGAAGGAGGAUGAACGGGUUGGCGGGGGGGUUGAUGGGGUUGGGUGAGGGAGCAAGGACGCCGUGACCCUCAACAUCGAC